AUGUUUGAUAAAGUCACAGAAGAUAUUGAAGUGGCCUCCCUAGGUCGAAAGGGAAGCCUCUCCGAGAAGAACAGUACUGUGGACAAAGAAGUGUAUGGCACGGUUGAAAGCCUGCCUUUCGACAAAGAAGUUGAAAGCGCUAUCUGCUGGAAGUUCGAUAUUAGAAUUCUUCCUGUAAUUGCGGUUAUGUAUCUGUUUUGCGCACUUGAUAGAGGAAAUGUAUCAAACGCCAGAACGGCUGGUAUAGACGAUGAUUUGGGUAUUGCGGGUCAAGAAUGGAAUAACAUGUUGUCCAUCUUUUAUAUCCCAUUCGUGGUAUUUGCUCUUCCAUUGUCGCUAGCGAUCAAGCGCUACAAUGCAGCCAAUGUUAUCCCCCUCCUGAUGUUUACGUUUGGGUCCAUCUCUCUUUUAUCUGCUACCGCUUUUAACUACGGUUCUCUGAUGGCAGCCAGAUGGUUCUUAGGAAUGUGUGAAUCAGCCUUUUUUCCGGGUAUAAUUUACUAUUUGAGUACCUUUUACCGUCGCCAUGAGCUUGCUAGAAGGUUAUCCAUUUUUUACGCGGCUGCGAACAUUGCAAAUGCUUUCUCAGGUUUGUUGUCAUUUGGUGUGUUUCAAAUAGAGAACAGCAGGUUAAAGGGCUGGCAAAUUUUGUUUUUGAUCGAAGGUGCCGCAACAGUUAUCACUGCCCUGUUUUCAUUCUACUAUCUACCAAGAAGUCCAGGAACCUCACGCUUCCUGAAUGAUCAAGAAAAAGAGUGUGCCAGAUGGCGAGUUGAGAUUGAUUCUUCUGCUAAGUCUUCUGAGAAGGUCUCUUUCAAAGAUGCCAUGCAAGUUUUUAAACAUCCAGUUGCUGUUGCGUGGAUGCUUCAAGAAAUAUGUAUCGGUGUUCCAUUAGGCUCCAUCAAUAAUUGGUUUCCUCAGAUUAUUCAGUCUUUGGGAAGGGGCACCGUUCAGACUAACUUAUAUACUGUUGCACCAAAUGUUUGGGGUGCUGUUGCCCUGAUAGUUCUUUCCUUCGGCUCAGAUUACGCCCGUGUUAGAUCAGGCUUCAUCAUUAUUGGAGUUUCAAUUACUCUAAUAGGUUUCGUUGUUUUUGGUUGUAUUGAUACUGAGAGUCAUCUUGGAGUAGCAUAUUUUAGCUGUUUCUUGAUGACUACGGGCUCCUCUGUAUCAUCAGUUCUCACAUCAACAUGGUAUAACAACAACAUACCAAACGAGAAUCGUCGUGUCGUCAUCUCAGCAAUUGGAGUUCCUUUGGCUAAUGCAGCGGGUCUCAUUUCCACGAAUAUUUUUAGAGCAAAAGAUGCACCAAAAUACGUGCCCGCAUUAGGUAUUACUGCUGGUUUCGGUGGUGCUGCUAUUCUUAUUAUCAUUGGUAUAUUCACCUUUAUGUUUUUCGACAACCGUCGCAGGAAUAAAAUACAAGGUGUAACUCUAACGUACAAUGAUGUGCCAACAUCUGAACUUGCCGAAGGGCCGGAUAACCCUAAUUACAGAUGGAUGUAUUAA